AUGGAAGCAAGAAGUGCAAUGCACAUACUCAAUGCUCCAAGCACCAAAAGUCUGAAGUAUGCGAUCCAAUCUGGUGUCAUCAAGAACUGUCCUAUCAUUCCUGUGCAGAACCUGAAGACUGACCCUGUAUUCGAAGCAUUGGAUAAGAUAUUCCGCUGCUACAACAAGGCAGGCUUUCAAGGCAAGAUCAUCAAGUAUGAUUGGGCAUUCAUUCCUCUCACAGAUGAUAGGCUAGACAAUGUGGGUGUUACUAUUGACCCGACUGCAGCUGGAAACCAAGAGUCUACAGCUGAAGGAAACAAUAGGAUGCUGAAAGAAAGAGUCAAAGUAGCUCUUGCACGAUUACCCUACACAGUGGUCCCAAAGGUCAUAAAUGUCAAUAUCAACUACAAGAGUGACAUGGUUGCUGAAUUUGGGACGGAUUCCAGCAAUUUGAUGGAACCCGGAAGUAUCAAAGCAAUUUACAUUGAACCUACAAAGGGACAACGUAAUGGGCACCAAGUGCUCAACCUCAAUACUAAGAAGAUGAUUUCCCGACCCAAGGUCUGCUUUGAUAAGAAGAGAGAUUUGGAGACAUUUCAAGAUGGCGAUCAAAUCGCAGGAGUGGAUGACACAGAACAAGGUUACAUAGAAGAAGCCUUUGAUCAGGACUAUGAUCCUGAAGAUUUUGAUGAUAUCAAUGACUCCAAAAGAGAAGAGCUCUUGGCAGAUGCAGACAAUGAUGUCAAUGAUAUGUCAGAACUCACUGUCAGAUUCCAAGGAGGCGGUGAAGAGGAAGAACCUAUUGUGGCCGAUUUGGAUCACCAUCAAGAAAAUAUCAAUAGAGGAACCGAUGAUAUUGGGAGCCUCAUUACUGAUCUGGAGGACCUACAAGAACCACCAGAAGAAGAGAUUGUAUUUGAGCCUGAAAUGCCUCAAGUAGCAAAAGUCAUUCAAUCUGGGCAAGCGUAUGCGCAAGCUGCAAUGUCUGGGCUGAACCUUUCUCAAGUUCCAAAGAAACCAAGAGAAUGGCCUUCAAGCAGGAGUGGCAGUUCUGCCAAUAAGAACAAGAAUCGAGUUGUGACAAGAAGCAAGCAUUGA